AGCAGUAUAGUUGCCUCGUGCUCACGAUUUCCCGGAUACGGGGAGCGUUUUGUGCACUGGAAUGAACUCGGUUCGGUGGAGAAGUCCUUGUUAUUCUUCGAAACGACACUGGCUGUCUGGAAUACGUGCCAAAGUGGACGAGCGAAUGCACAGUCUUGGUUCGUUCCUUCAGUUACCGAGUGGGACUGCUGGGUGUCGGUACGCUUCUGCUGGAUAAACUUUGUGCUACGCUGUUCGUUUGGAGUUUUGAAGUUUGGUGUCGAUUUUCCUUUAUCAAGGAUGCGGAAAAUAUAACUUGAAAUGCAAGUGAACUUAUGAUUUAAAUUCUGUGAUUCCCAUUAUCCAUCGAAAUUGUUAGAAAGUGAAAUAUAUGUGCCAGUUUAGUUAAAAUUUUCCAAACGAAUAAUUAUUCUUAUUAGGCUUCAAGAAAAAAGUGAAAAAGACUAGCAGUGAUUGUACGUGCGCGUAUCCUAGCUUAGCUACAUCCUGUUGAGCGUUCGAGUGUAUUAGUGUCGGUUCAAAGUUCAAAGUGAAAGUAUCUCUACAGGGAAAACAAAGUUCAGCGCAUUUUCCUUCUACUGUUUGGGUGUGCUGGUACUGAGCUUCCUCGGAAAAUUUAAAGUGAAAAACGUCUUCCGCGAGGGGACUCGCUAACAGGAGCAUUCCUUCCAUAGCACUUCGCCCCGAGUUACAAAGAUGUCCAGCGUACAACUAUACAAAUCGCGUACCUUUGUGCUGAUAUGGCAUCUGAUUGCCAUCGCGCAGUACUACUAUGCGAUCUACUUCGAUAGGUACUUCGUCAAAAUACCGGAAGAUCUGAACAUACCGAAAAUGAUGCGGCCCUCAGAGUACGGUGGACGGUCAAAGUUUUUAACCUACUGGUGUUUGAUCCUACAAGCCAUCUACUUCACCGUCUGCCUGAUCAAUGACUUCAUCGGUACCAAUGAGGUGGCUCCACGCAAAACACCACUAAUCCGGAAGCUCAAGGACUAUAUGCUGGCUGCAUUUGCCUUCCCCGUGGCACUCAAUGUGGGAGUCACGUUUUGGUCGCUGAUGGCCAUCGAUCGUGAACUGGUCUUCCCCAAGGCAUUGGAUGCCGUUUUUCCGGGCUGGUUAAACCACGUGAUGCACACCAACAUCGUGAUCUUCAUGAUCCUAGAAAUUUGCACCAGUUUCCGCCAAUAUCCCUCGCGCAAAGCCGGUCUGGCCGGGUUGAGCAUCUUUAUGGCAGCCUAUCUGACGUGGCUGCACAUUAUCCGCCACUACGGCGGAAUCUGGGUCUACCCGGUGCUCGACGUGCUGAACCUGCCGCAGCGCAUCGUGUUCUUCGCCGUCAGUUUGGUCUUCUCCGUCGGGCUAUAUCUGUUCGGGGAAUUCUUCAACAAUCUGAUCUGGACCAAGGAGCUGAAACAGCUUAAGGCAGGCACUGGUGCCAGUAAGAAGACCAAAUAGAGCGGAUCUGUUGCCAUACUCUGUGCAAGCGUUUGUAGUUGUUGUUAAUGCAUGGACGCGACUGAAGCAACGCCUUCACUAUUUUACGGUUGUUCUCUUUUUCAUUGAUUACAUUAAACAAUACAUAACACUUAAACGGUAACCCGAUUUUUGUUUACCUCGGUUUUAGUUCUACAUGAGUUUGUAUGUUUUUUUUCUUCUAAAUAUUUGUUUAACCCAACAUCUGUGAUGUGUACAACUAAUAGUUGCAAUAAAUUCAUGGUUAUCCAUUAAGCAUUGGUUUUUAAUAUUUAUGCUUUAAUAUAAUUUUAAUUUCCUAUUUAGAAAAUUAUGAAUUGACACAACUACCGGAUGGAGACGAAUAACCAGUGUUGCUUGAUUCCCAUAGCAGUAGCGACAGAAAGAAAAUUCCGUUAAUUUUAGCCAGGUGUUUGUUCUACAUUCGGACAGCUGAUAAUGAUUGAUAAUGUAGAAACCGAAAACCAUGUAUGAAGAAGACUGACAGUUUGAUCAAUAUCUUUAUUAGGAAACCCUAACUCUAAUUUUUCAACUUUGAAACUGGUUCACAUCUUCCUAUUAUUUCAAGCUUCCGGAACCAUUCGAAACAAACUAGUAGUAGUAAUCCAUGAUGAGCCCUAGUUCUCAUCCAACUCACAACAUUCAUUCUUAAUGGCUGAACGAAAUUGAGCAAUGACAUUUGUAGAUACUCAGUAUUUACACAGUACGUUCUUCAAAUACAGAGUCUUAUGUUUUGACACUCGUCUCCCCAGCUGUGUUUAAUUAUCGGAUCAAUCGAAUGGGCAUACAUGCAACAAAACAUGAUAGCGAGAUUGAGCGAAGGACACCCGACGGCCUUUAGUGUGAUUAGGGUUUCAAGAAGCCAUUUGGCUAAUUUGACAACUACGACUGGAUUUAAUUGACUAUUGAAAACAAGAAAUGAUUGUAAUUUUAAUCUUGUUUCCUUAACAACAUUAUGCAGAUGGAGGAGAACAAUCAUUCAAGCUAGUCAGCUUUCAAUUCAACAUGCAAUUACUGAGGUAAAUGGCGUGUAAUUAUCUAACAAUAGAUAUUCAUAUUAAAUCCAACCAGAAUUUGAUUGAACAGAGCUAAAUGGUGAGUGGUUUGUUGAAAGGAUUGAUCAAAUUAGGAUACCGUCGUCGGGGGUGACAGUGGGUCAGCGCUCUCACCGACAGUCUGGAGGUCGGAUAACAAAAUCGUUCAAAAAUGUUUUUUUAUAAUUCAGUUUUCUUGUCCUCAGAUACAUUAAAUUUAUUCUAGCAUUCUAUGAUGUUAAAACAGUCACUCAUUCUCAUCCCAUUAUUACCCCCGCCGACGGUACCUUAAUCAUGUGAUAAGUGAUAAUUGAAGUUGUCAGUCUUGUUUCAUAUGUGGAAAAUAUUUAAUUUAUGUAUUUCACAGAAAAAGUUCGAAAGUCAUGUACCCAACAGGUGAUAAACCAUAGAGUAGAACCAUUCUCCAGAAAGAAACUAUUUACCAAAUUAUUAAGUGUUGUGAACGCCAGCCCACAUUCACCCUUAUACACCUAGUUGGAAUUGCAAAUUUCGAAAAAUGAAUUUUCUGAUAUCAUCAUCAUCUUACUUAGCCAGUAAAAAGCUAGUUAAAUUUGCCGUUACCACUACUUCACACUGCAUUUGACCGUCUUUGAAUUCAAAAUAUGGAAUGAGUGAAAUUUAGAUGUGCUAUCAUAUAUUCGCCACAUACCAUACGAACCCAAACAACACGAACACAAGAUUAGAUUAGUUAUUAGUCGAUCGAUAGUAGUGAGUAUUUUGAAUUAAGUUUCAAUUCGAAAAGACCAAAAUUCAAACGAACACACCAUUUAAAUGUUGCGUAAAUUGCUACAAAAUCUAAAAAACGUAUUGCAAAUAAACCGAACUUUUUCGGUGCUCAGUUUUAGAGAUAAUUAUUGAAUAUGAGGUCAAAAAAAACAGCAAGCAGUCAAAUUAGUGUUUAUAAUUGCAAACAAAUCGAAGGAAAAAAAAUCACUAGUGUGUGCAUUGUAUUUACAUUUUGAUAUAAAUUUGCAUUUCGAGAAUCUUUCGGAUAAGGAACGAAACAUUCUAAGCUAUUCUAAUAAGUAUUCACCACUGAUAGGAAUAAGAGAGUCAAUCAAAUCGUGAGAUUUAGAGAAAAUAUAUAUCCAUAAAUUUAUUCAAGUGAAAUCUAUCAUUGUAACGCAGUUAAAUUCAAAUAAAUGAACCGUCAAUAAAUGA